AUGAGUGCCCUACAACGCAAGAUAUCUUUAUUCCGAUUUUUUGGUCGUAAACGACAAUCUCAUUCCGUUGGUCUUCCUGCGGAUUGCCUAUAUGAUAUUUUUAAUCUUCUCAAAGAUGAUAUCAAGUCUCUUCAUUCUUGUAUUCUUGUUAAUAGACUUUGGUGUGAAACUGCAAUUCCUUAUUUAUGGUCACAUCCUUUUAAACGAUCUACACCACCUGCCCCUUCGCUCAUAAGCAUUCUUGUCGCAAGUCUUUCUGAUGCUGAAAAAUCCUUUAGAAAGUCUUUACUCUUCUAUUCAAAAUUGGACCAUGCGACAAUCGAUAAAAAGGCUGUUUCUGGAAUUAAUAAUUCUGCCCUUUCGGUAUAUUGUGCUUUGUGUCGUUUGUUUUUUGGAAAUAACUUGACUAUCACUUCUUUAAAAUUGGAUCGACCAACAAAACAUACAUCACCUCUUAUGGAAAAUUCUUUGGGAGUUGAUCUAUCUCUUCAAAAUAUUAAAGAUUUAACCAUCCGUUACACUUCUGAUCCCUUUUUAUUCGACGCAAUUCUUAAACAAGCUGAAAAUAUAGAAUAUUUAUCCGUGAUAAAAUCGUCCGAAGCUGGUCUUCGUAAUUUUGAGGAUUUACAAUAUUUGUCUUCUUUGAUAUUUUCUCAAUCAAAAUUACGAGGGUUCUCUCUUAUGUGCUAUGAUACUGUUAAUGGUUUUUCUCCAAGUGUUUUAACUCCACUUGCAAGUCAAGCUGACACACUUGUUUCACUUAAUCUUUAUGGAAUUCCUUUCCCUGGUGAAACUUCUAUUAAUGCAUUGACUAUUUGCACAAAUCUUGAAGAAUUAGAUAUUCGUCGUUGUACCAACGGUCCUGGUUGUCAAUUGGAUCAAAUUUUAAUUGCUGAAUUUCCUAAUCUUAAUAAAGUAAGAGUUGUAGAAUCUUCACUUCUCUGGGGUCAUCUUGUUGCUUCCGCAAUUCAAAAAAAUCCUGUAGACUUGGAAGAAGUACAUUACCAACCAUGGGAAGAUGAAGAACAUGAUGGAUUAUCUACAUCUAUUAUACAAAGCAUUAUUAAAUGGCAACCAAAAUUGAAAAAGUUUGGCAUUGCUCUUGGUGCAGAUGAAAUUCCUUCAUUGAUAGAAAUCCUUAACGUUCCAGGAUGUAGAUUAGAGGUUCUUAGUUUAUUCUCAUUAGGUAAACAAGAAAAGGACCUUGAAAAGAUUUGGCCAGAAUUAGGAAAAAAUUUACCUAUUACUUUAAAACAUCUUAAUAUAUGGAUAUUUAUUGGUGCCAAAUCGAUGAAUCUUUUCUUACAAAAUACAAAAGCUGUCUUAGAUUCACUAUAUAUUGAUUCUUGGUUUGAAGAUUACUCACAUCCACCUUAUAUUAAUGUGCUCUCUGAUUAUCUCAAAGAUCGACCCAUAGAUAUGGCCAAUUUUUUCAAUCCAGCUUUACAUUAA